CGGGCGCUGUGGCGUUGCCCCGGAGCCCGCCACCCGCGGGGCGCGCACCGCCUUGACCCGGGCGGCCCCGCGGCGGCAGGCGGACGCCGCAGGUCCAUGGUGGGCUCGGAGCGCGAUGAGCCGCCCGUCCUCCACCGGCCCCAGCGCUAGCAAACCUUGCAGCAAGCAGCAGCAGCAGCCGCCGCCUCAGACCCCGCACGCUCCGUCGCCAGCUGCGCCCCCGGCCGCCGCCACCAUCUCGGCUGCGGGCCCCGGCUCGUCGUCCGCGGUGCCGGCCGCGGCAGCGGUGAUCUCAGGCCCCGGAGCCGGCGGCGGCGGCGGCGGCGGAGCCGGCCCGGUGUCCCCGCAGCACCACGAGCUGACCUCGCUCUUCGAGUGCCCGGUCUGCUUUGACUAUGUCCUGCCCCCCAUUCUGCAGUGCCAGGCCGGGCACCUGGUGUGUAACCAAUGCCGCCAGAAGUUGAGCUGCUGCCCGACGUGCCGGGGCGCCCUCACGCCCAGCAUCAGGAACCUGGCGAUGGAGAAGGUGGCCUCGGCGGUUCUGUUUCCCUGUAAGUAUGCUACCACGGGCUGUUCGCUGACUCUCCACCACACGGAGAAGCCAGAGCAUGAAGACAUCUGUGAAUACCGUCCCUAUUCCUGCCCCUGUCCUGGUGCCUCCUGCAAGUGGCAGGGACCCCUGGAAGCCGUGAUGUCCCAUCUCAUGCAUGCCCACAAGAGCAUCACCACCCUUCAGGGAGAGGACAUAGUCUUCCUAGCCACAGACAUUAACCUGCCCGGGGCUGUAGACUGGGUGAUGAUGCAGUCCUGUUUCGGUCACCACUUCAUGCUGGUGCUUGAGAAGCAGGAGAAGUUCGAAGGCCACCAGCAGUUCUUCGCCAUUGUCCUCCUCAUCGGCUCCCGCAAGCAAGCGGAGAACUUUGCCUACAGACUGGAGCUGAAUGGCAACCGGCGGAGGCUGACCUGGGAAGCCACGCCCCGGUCCAUUCACGAUGGUGUGGCGGCGGCCAUCUUGAACAGCGACUGUCUUGUUUUUGACACAGCCAUAGCGCAUCUCUUUGCAGACAAUGGGAACCUUGGAAUCAAUGUAACAAUUUCUACUUGCUGUCAGUGAAGUCCCAGGAGCCUUUCACAGCCCUGAGAAGUUAUUUGGGCAUAACGCUCUAUGUUUAAUAAAGGUUUUUUUUAAUA